GUUUGUGCUUGUGUUGCACCUCCUCGGGACUACAAAGCUGCUGACUCUGAUCGGUUUUGCAACUCGAGAUUCAAUGAAUCUGCUAAAUUGGAGAAUGUGAGCUUGUUGAGAGAGCCUGAGGAUGAGUCAGAUGUGCUCAUUGAGUGCAGAAAUGUGUGCAAGUCAUUUGGCGACAAGCAUAUCUUAAGAGGUGUUAGCUUCAAGAUCAGACAUGGUGAGGCCGUUGGAAUAAUUGGGCCUUCUGGUACAGGGAAAUCAACAAUCUUAAAGAUAAUGGCCGGCCUUCUUGCUCCUGAUAAAGGAGAAGUCUUAAUCCGAGGUAAAUUGCGCAAUGGAUUAGUGAGUGAUGAGGAAAUUUCUGGGCUUAGGAUUGGCUUAGUGUUUCAGAGUGCUGCACUUUUUGAUUCCUUAACUGUUCGUGAAAAUGUUGGUUUCUUGCUAUAUGAGAAUUCAACUAUGCCAGAGGAUCAAAUUGCACAGCUUGUAACUGAAACUUUAGCUGCUGUUGGGUUGAAGGAAGUUGAAGACCGGUUACCUUCUGAAUUAUCUGGUGGUAUGAAGAAAAGAGUUGCUUUAGCUCGCUCUAUUAUUUUUGAUACCACGAAAGACGUAGUAGAGCCAGAGGUGCUAUUAUAUGAUGAACCAACAGCGGGGCUUGAUCCGAUUGCAUCAACCGUUGUGGAAGAUCUUAUUCGCUCGGUUCACGUGACAGGCGAGGAUGCACUUGGGAAGCCUGAGAAGAUUGCAUCUUAUGUUGUCGUCACUCAUCAACACAGUACUAUUAAAAGAGCUGUUGACAGGCUAAUAUUUCUUUAUGAAGGAAAAGUUGUCUGGCAAGGAAUGACUCAUGAAUUCUCAACAUCAACUAAUCCUAUUGUUCGGCAGUUCGCAUCAGGGAGCUUGGAUGGUCCUAUUAAGUAUUAGCUUCUAUAACUACUGCAAAUACGCAAAAUACUUGGUCUUCCAUUUUGGAAACUCGGAGUUAGCAUUACCUUAUGAACAUCGUAGACUUGCUGGUGGUUUUAAAGCUGACCUUAUCAAGCCACAACAGUUAGAUUAAUGGGAGAUCUGACAGUCACAUCUUCUGGACUAAGGUUGCAGCUCUUAUUUUGCUGAGCCAAAUCCCAUGAAUCUGCACGUCUUAGAAAAAGUUUCUAGUUCUAUUUUAAUCUUAUUCUUCCUUCUUUUUUCACAUUCGUUUUUGCAGUUGGGUCUUGAGGUAGACUGUCGAGAAAUCCAAUUAUGGCCUCAUUGUACAAUAGCAUCUUGAUAGUAAGGAAUUAUGCAGAAAUAAAGUGAUUCUUUUGGCUUUGUUAUUAUAUUAUAGAAAUUUUGACUAUUUUAUAACCACUACCAAAUUAUUCCAUGGAUAAGGACAAAUUCUUGCUGCAACACUUGUAAGGAAUAAAUUCCAUGACGCUACCUAUGGAAGAUAAAUUUUCCAUGCAUGAACACCGAUGAUUCGGAAA